UAUGUUUAUGGAUUGUACCCCGAGUCUACCAGCGCAAGGCAGGCAAUUAGUGGAUAGUGAGGGAACCAAUAAGUGUCAUAUGUCAACUGAACAUUUAACUUCCUGCAAAAGUCGAAGAAGGAAGUUUUGAACAGGAGAACACUUUCAUGUUCUUAAUCUGAUAUUCAUAGAGAGUCUAGAAAGGAAAGGAGAGUAACCAUAACCAUAAUUCCAAAGACUGUAAAAUGAACGAAUUAACCUUGUGAACUCUUGAAACUGGCAAAAGUCUGAAGUAACGCUACAACCAUGGGGUGUUGUCAGUCGAAACCCAAAGACUUGACCCUUACGGAUAUAGGCAAAGAUGCUGAGACAAAAGGGGGCCGAAGGAACAGCUACAGUAAGGACCCAACCAAUCUCCCGACCACCAGAACUGAUGCUCCAUCUGCACAAGCCCCAUCAGGUCCUCAGAAGCGAGUGCAUGCCCUGUAUGACUACAAUGCCAGGACGGAAGACGACCUCUCUUUCAAAAAGGGGGACAUCUUGAUACUACUUGACCAAACUGAAGAAAAUGAGGACUGGUGGUAUGCCCAGCACACGGACCCCAAGUACAACAACCAGCAGAUGGAGGGAUACGUGCCCCGCAACUACGUGGCUCUGGAGGAUACACUGGAGUCCCAGGAUUGGUUCUUUGGAAAGGUCACACGUAAAGAGGCGGAGAGAAACCUGCUGGUGAAGGAAAAUCCAGUCGGGGUGUUUUUGAUACGGGAGAGCGAGACGUGUCCAGGGAGCUAUGUGCUUUCCAUACAUGAUCACGACCAGACAAAACAGGCUCCAGACUGCGUCAAACACUAUAAGAUGCGCAACAUGGAUGACGGCGGGGUGUAUAUCGCGGCGCGCAGACCAUUCAGAAACAUCAUGGAGCUUGUGGAACAUUACAAACUUGCAGCAGACGGCCUGUGUCGAGCCCUGUCGUCUCCCUGCCCUAGGGCUGCCCCUGUCAUGGUGGACCUAAGCAGGGAAACAAAGGAUGCCUGGGAAAUUGACCGCUCCACCCUGCAACUCAUGGACAGGCUUGGUGCUGGACAGUUUGGGGAGGUUUGGAAAGGCAAAUGGAACAAGACGACGUUCGUGGCGGUCAAGACGCUGAAGCCAGGCACAAUGUCUAAGGAGGCGUUCCUGGCAGAAGCCCAGAUCAUGAAGCAGUGUCGGCACGACAAGCUCGUCAGGCUCUAUGCUGUCUGCUCCAAGGAGGAACCCAUAUACAUCGUGACGGAACUCUUGAAAGACAGUCUCUUGAAUUACCUGCGCGAGGGCGACGGCAGAUUUCUGAAGUUCCCGGAUAUGGUGGAUUAUGCUGGGCAGAUUGCUAGUGGCAUGGCAUACCUUGAGAGAAACAAGCUGAUUCAUAGAGACCUUGCGGCCCGAAAUGUUUUAAUUGGCGAUAACGGCACUGUCAAAGUGGCCGAUUUCGGACUCGCAAAAAUUAUUGAAGAUGAUGAAUACACACCAUCGUCUUCUGGAACAAGAUUCCCGAUCAAGUGGACUGCCCCGGAAGCAGCCAUGUACCUGAGGUUCACAAUCAAGUCUGACGUGUGGUCAUAUGGUAUUCUCCUCGUGGAACUGACCACCCAUGGCCAAGUGCCUUAUCCAGGAAUGAACAAUCGAGAAGUGCUUGAACAAGUGCCCAAGGGAUACCGUAUGCCAAAGCCUGCGGACUGCUCCGUUCACAUGUAUGAGAUCAUGCUGCAGUGUUGGGACCGCAAGGAGGAACAACGUCCCACUUUUGAGUACCUUGAAUGCUUCUUUGAUGACUAUUUUGUGAGCACCGAGCCUAAAUACAAAGAAUCCAGUUGAAGUGUUUUUAUUUAAAAAAAAAAUCUUCCAUGUGCGGAUUAUUCAAGCAAAGACAUUUGUUUACAAUUAUGACAUGUAUUAAAGCUUAACAAUUAAGUACAUAAAUAACUUAAUCCAAAAAUUCACAGAUGUAAGCUUAAUUGGCCAUUAAUGUUUUGAGCAACCUGACCAAUGAUUUAACCCAUUUAUGCCAAGUGGACUCUCCCAUCCUUCUAAAUUGGAUCAAUUUAUUUCCAAAAUUAGAGAUGUGUAGUAUAUUUCUUUCUAUAUUUAGAAUAUUUCUUACAGAAAUUCCUUUAAGCAAACAGUGCAGACCCUGAUGAGACGAUGCAUCAUACGGCGUCUCAUCUGGGUCUACGCUGUUUGCCAAGGCCUUUUUUCUAGGCGCUAGGCAUAAAUGAUUUAGUGUUGUUUAACCAUGUAUUUUAAGUGAAGUGUCUGUUUUGAAAUCAAUAUGACAUUAAAUAUUUAAGAAAAUUAUAGAUGUAUAGUCUUUCAUGUUUCGAAUGCUGUAUUUUCUGUAUGUAAAAAAAAAAUUUGUUAAACUUUUAACAAUUAAAUUAAUAGAGCUGUGAAUAAAAGAAUCAUAAUAAUUAUUAUGUUCUGCAAUCUACUAACAUUUCAGUAAAUAUAUACAUGUAUUUCUCUUGUUUGUAAGUGGUACAAAUAAUUUUUUUAAGUAAUUUAUACAUGUAUUCUUGAAUGUAUUAUUCUCUUCAUUCUUGCAAUAUGCUGCUCAGUAUGCAAGGUGACAAGGCUUGGUGUUCAUUGUACUGUCAAUCCAUUAUUCUUGACUGAAAUAACAUAACGAUCAUCGUUCUUGGAAAACUGGGCUUAAUGCAUGCAGGUUAAUUUUAGACUGCACAGGCUUAUCUGAAUAGACACUUUCUGUCUCUCCUGGAUUUUCUAUUAGAAGGCACUUCCUGUAAACAAAAAAUACCAGGCAAGCAGACAUUGAUGUCCCUCAUAAGUCUGUGUUGACUGCACUGGCUUAUCUAGGAUGAUACUAUGCAUUUGAAUUAAGCCCAGUUUUUCCAUGACAUGGCUCUAAUGUUUAGGCUUAGGUGAAAAACAAAAACCAGUUGAAGAUAUUGGCAGUGUUAGUGACUUUAUGCGGACUCAUUUGUGCCAGUGUGUAUGUUAUGACAACACAGUAUUCAAACAUAUGUAUACUGUCCAGUGUUUACAAUGCUCCUUACAGAUAUCUUGACCACAGAUAUACUUUUUUUGAAGUGAUAAUUUCAAAUCAAACUUCGUUAAUGGUGCCCAAUUAAUUAUGUUUACAAAAAAUGGCUGGUUAAAUUUAAAACAGUUCAGCAGUAAAUUCAGUAAUUUAAAAUAUGAUUCUUUAGAAUAAAAAUGACUUUAACAUGAAACAUCACUGACAUUUGAUUUUGUCAGAAAGGUACUCAUUAAGAAUAUCACAUUGUUUUGUAUGAUAUUCUGGAUGUAUGGGUAAAUCUUGAUGUUUUUUAGGUAUUUGGCUAAUGCUUUUUUUCAAGUCAGGUCUACAGCGCUGUUUAAAUGUUAUUAUCAGCAACAUACCAAUAAAAUGAUGGUGUUUAAUUUUGGUCGUUCAUAUUAGUUUUCUAUAAGGACCUGUGUAAAGACUGGCCUGUUAGUUUUCAUUUAUUUGUAUCAUGCAUAUAGUGCCAUAGAUAGUCGCCAUGACUUGUUAGACCAUUUUCCAUUAACAAGGUUGGUUAACGUCAGACACAAGAACGAUUUUUGUGUGUACCAAGGUAUUUAGUUAACUACAUCUAUUUGAGCAUUUCUUUGUGAAAACUAGGACUGCACACGUUAACCUGCAGCAAUACUUGACCCACAUAACUAGGACUGCACACGUUAACCUGCAGCAAUACUUGACCCACAUAACUAGGACUGCACACGUUAAUCUGCAGCAAUACUUGACCCACAUAACUAGGACUGCACACGUUAAUCUGCAGCAAUACUUGACCCACAUGCAAUAAGCCUGGUCUUCCCAGAGCAGGGCUCAUAUGUAAAUUGAUGAUUUGUUAGUUUAGUUUAACAUGUAUCAUAUUGACAGUGAUAACUUUAAAAAUUUGGACACAAACUGUUGCUGUUCAAAUUUUUAUAAGCAACUCUGCUGGUACUGCUUACAUUAAUGGUCCCCUUUUUGCCAAACCUCUGCCUAUUUCCAUUGUUUAUGAUUUCCAUGAUUUAUUAUACCACCUUUUAUGAUUUCCAUGGUUGAUUAUACCGCCUUUUAUGAUUUCCAUGGUUUAUUAUACCACUUUAAAUGAUUUUCAUGGUUUCAUUGUUUAUUAUAUCUUCUGAGAUGAUUUCCAUGGUUUAUUAUACCACCCCAUAUGAUUUCCAUGGUUUAUUAUACCACCCCUUAUGAUUUCCAUGGUUAAUUAUACCACCCCAUAUGAUUUCCAUGGUUUAUUAAACCACCUCAUAUGAUUUCCAUGGUUAUUAAUACUUCAGCUAGAAGUGUUGGACUGACAUUAUUGGUUUGUCAAAAGAUCCGUCCUUUGAUCUGUCUGCAAAACUUUGUAAAGCCAAAUAUAAGUACAUUUCUGAAGCAAUUAUAUUCAAACUUAUAUUAUGUCAUCACCAAGUGUGGAUGUGCAGGACAUUUUUAACGUCCAGUGAUCCCCCCUGACUUAUUUGCCCUUGACCAUAAGUGACACAGAACUGCAGGGUUUUAGGUGCACAUCUGUGAAAAAGCUCUAGUAUACUUUAAUUUUUCGAGACUUUCCAUCCAAUUAUAUUCACAGGUGUAUUUGGCAAUGACAGAUUGUGCAACAAUGGACAAUUUUAACCAUUCUAUUUUAGGUCAAAAUCAUAUUAAAAGCAUAGUUUUUAAAGACUACAGACUAUAAGAACAGACUAUAAGAAUAAUACUUAAGUUUUUGCAAAUCAGAAGUGUACCAUUUACUGUAAUAUGAAAGUCUUUAUAAAUAAUAACAUAAGCAAUGGUUUCAUUGGUUUGUAUGACAAAAUCGUUAAAUUAUUUUUACUGCAAAUCCAAACUGGGUUUUGCCUUGUUGUUCACGAUUGCGUGUUUUAAUUUGCACAUAUAGCCUUUUAUCUUAUUAGGUAGCAAGUCUGGUGAAAUGUGAUUGAAAUCAAAUAUACUUAUAUACUUUUUUUGUAAGUUGAUUUGAAUAUAAAAUAUUGUUUGUGUAACAUAAUUGCAUUCCAUAGUAAUGUUAAUUUGUGAUUGUUUUCGUAUGCAAUCAAUAUAUAUGGAUUGUACAUUUAAUUAGAAUUAUGAUCUUGAUGUUUUACAUAUAAAUGUAAAAGCUAAUUGCUUUGUUACAUAGCAGAAGUGUUUUUGCGGAUUUCAUUAUCAUUUUAUUAACCAGGUUUUCCGAAGGAAAAAACUGGUUAUUAGAUUGGCGAAUGCGGGCGGGCUGGCUGGCUGGCGGGCUGGCUGGCUGGCGGGCUGGCUGGCUGGCUGGCGGGCUGGCGGGCUGGCGGAAUAAGCUUGUCCGGGCCAUAACUAUGUCGUUCAUUGUCAGAUUUUAAAAUCAUUUGGCACAUUUGUUCACCAUCAUUGGACGGUGUGUCGCGCGAAAUAAUUACGUCGAUAUCUCCAAGGUCAAGGUCACACUUUGAGUUCAAAGGUCAAAAAUGGCCAUAAAUGAGCUUGUCCGAGCCAUAACUAUGUCGUUCAUCGUCAGAUUUUAAAAUCAUUUGGCACAUUUGUUCACCAUCAUUGGACGGUGUGUCGCGCGAAAUAAUUACGUCGAUAUCUCCAAGGUCAAGGUCACACUUUGAGUUCAAAGGUCAAAAAUGGCCAUAAAUGAGCUUGUCCUGGCCAUAACUAUGUCAUUCAUUGUGAGAUUUUAAAAUCAUUUGGCACAUUUGUUCACCAUCAUGGGACGGUGUGUCCCACGAAAGAUUCACGUCAAUAUCUCCAAUGUCAAGGUCGCCACGACUAAAAAUAGAUUUAAAAAAAAAAAAAAACUUACAAAGGGGGUUAAUUUUUUUUGGUCAUUUCAAAAGUUCAGUUUGAGUUUUCUCCCUUUAUCAGAUUUUUUUUUCACAAUGAAAACCUGGUUUUGUGACAAUUUUGUCCCUUGUUUUUAUAUUUACUGGUAAUAAUUGUUCUUAACGUCAAAUGAUGAUGAUCUUUUGAGACUGAUGAAUCCCCAUUUGUAAUUCUAAGUACUGCAAAAUCAUGUUUAUCCGUUGGAAUUAAAUUUGUUUUUUUAUUAAAGAAUGACAAUCUUAUUAAUUUGUUGAUUUCUGACUUGGCAUUAAGGGUGAUAGCAAUUAGUGCUAAUCAUUACUAUUCUACCUAAACAAAGUAAAUGGUAUAGAUAGAGUUUUACUGCAUCAGUGUUUUACCAGAAAUUUGAAGUAUCAGAUCAAUACACAGUGUAAUUUACUCCCCUGUUUCUAGUAUAUGAAUUGCGAAACAAACGCAGGAUGUAUGCGUGGAUUAUGUUGGAUCUCAAUGUGAUACAUGCCUACCAUAUUUUUUCUCAAAAGAAAAGAAAGAUGUGAAAUACCCGGUACUUAUUUGUGGGGAUCUUAAUGUCUUGGAUUGGUUUACCCAUAAAAUGAACAAAAAAUAUCGCACAUAUAAUAAUAAUUUUGCAGGAUAUUUAUGUGUCAUUGUGAAAUCAUAUAUUUAAAAUUUUCAAUUGAUGUCCAUUGAGCAGCAAUUGCACAACUUCUGAUGUUUUAUACACUUCGCAAAAUUUAUAUGUACUUGAAUUUUCUAAAUGUUUAUUUUUUUGUAUAUUCCAUAUUUAUGAUAAGACAUGCGUCAGCUAUGAAUAUUUGAUUUAUACAUUCAUGGCAUUGUGUUCACACAAACAUGUUUUAGAGAACAAAAUGUUAAAGAAUAUCAUGUUUACCAUGUCACAGCAACAAUUUUUGUUUCAUGAAUUAUUGUACUAUUUAGUUUGUGCUGCUUUGAAACUUUGGUAUGUAAAAAAGGGUAAUAAAGCCAAAUGGUUCUUGUAUGACACAACUUUGCAUGGAAAGUUAGUGUCAGUUUAACCCUUUCAGUGCGGGAACCGAAUUUUGAAGGCCUUUGCAAACAGUUUGGAUCCAGAUGAGACGCCACAGAACGUGGCGUCUCAUCAGGAUCCAAACUGUUUGCUAUUCUGAUAAUAUUCUUUGAAAAAAAUCGAAGAAAAUGCUAAUUUUAGAAAUUCAGCAGACGACAUUUUAGCAGACGACAAAUUUCCGAGCAUGCAAAGGAUUAAGCCUUUUCCGCUCAGAGGCAUAAUUGAAAAUGGCUACAUGCAACCAGCAUAGAACAUGAACAGCCUGUGAGUCGCUGACAGGCUGUUAAGGUUUUAUGCUGUUUGCUGCUCAUAAGUAUCUUAGGUUUGGAAAUGAAGCCUUUAAAACUUGAAACUAGAAAGAAAGGUCAAAUAUUAAAUUUUAUUUUCUAAAGGACUACAGAUGCCUAGAACUGCAUAUCUUAGCUGAACAGUGUUUUAGAAAACCUCAUGCAUGCAACAUGAUUUUUGCUGGUUUAAUUCUGUCAGACCAGCACGUUAUUUUGCUCAAUGUAUUAAAUACUGCUUUCUUGAAGUACUGAAGUGCUGUGUUCCAUGUUAAACAAUGCAUUCUUUGAGUUUCAAAGCACCAUGUGUUUCAUUUAAAAAACUUCUAAAAAUUAACCAUGAGAUGACAUGCAUCAUGCGAAAAUGAGCCUAAUGCCAUAUAGGGCUGGUGUAUCCCCAGACCAGCGUGUGCAAACAUGCAGACUGGUUUAGAGCUAUCGUGUCUGCUUAUGAGACCAUGAAAGCUUGUGCAGGCUGGUUUGGAGCUACCCUGUCUGAGACUGAGUAUGAGACCUCAAAUGCUUGGCUGACUUAAUAUCAAACAGCUUUGCUCCUGAUCAGACUACUCGAUUGCACAGGCUUGUCUGAAGCCACCCUGACCCCAUAUGGCAUAAGACCCAUUUUCACAAGACAUUGUUCAAAAACAAAUUUACACUUCGCUUUCUAGGUUUUAUUUAAUUAGUUUUUUCUAUAUGACUUUGAAUGGCUUAUCUUAUAUUUUCUAUUAAAAUGUUUUUUUGCAUGUUUUAGAGAUACACAUUAAACUGUUAAUGUAAUUUAACCCAAUUUAACAGUCUUCCAAUGUGUAGCUAAUUGUUGCAAAUGUAUUACUUCUAUUCGAUUAGAUACAUGUGUUGUUGCUUUUUAAUAUUAUUAUGUAUUCUAUGCUCAUGGGGCCAUUUGUUACUAUAUUUCUUUUACAAUAAUCUGUACAUAAAUGAUGAUGCAUAUAUAUAUUUCAUAUAUUUACAUUCACUUGUUGUUACAAAUAUUCAGUAUUCAAUGCUAGAAAAAAAACUUAAAUGUAUAACUGUCUAACUAAUGUAAAUAAACUUUAAAAACAUUAAAA